AUGUAAGAAUUUAAUAGUGAUUUAAAUCUUUUAAUUGAAUAAAUUGAAAUGUUGUAACUACAUGCAAGUAUAAUGGGUCCUCAUGAUUCCUUUUUUUUUCAAUAAGAGUCACUAUAACAUCUUAUUAAAUACAAUAUAGAGAAGAUUUAUUACUACUUUAUGAACUAUAAGUUCUAACAGCUCCUUUUUUAUAGUACCUAUAAUUAGGUUAUUAAGAACUAAAAGAAAAUUUUUAUACUUAAUUAACAAAUCCUUAUUUAGCAUACUUUUUAAAUGAUGUAAACAUACCAGUUUGGUUUAGGGAGAAAAUUCAUCUGUUUUAUAUUCUUAAGAAGUAACAUUUAGAGAUACAUUCUAUAAAUACUUGCAAUAAUAAUUAAUGUUUAAUCAUCUAUAACCUUUUAUUAUUGAUAAUUUGAAUUUCAAAUUUACUAUAUGCUUUAAUAUUAACAAUAAUAAUAAUAAUUGUCUGCUUAUUAAUUUAAUAGAGCAAUUUGUGGUCAACCCUUUUAGAUUUUCUUUGGCAAAUUAUUUAAUUAUGUAAAAUACUUGUGAAAAUUUAACUAGUGUCAUAAAAGUGUAUUCUUAAUAGAAAUGUAAUUAAAUUUAUUUAAAAUGGCCAAUUCUAUUGACUUGUUUUGUUUUUGUUUUUAUUCUAUUAUUUAUAUUAUUAAUAUUGUAUUACCAAAAAAGAUACUAUAUGGCAUAUGAUUUAAUGAUAGGAUUACUAAGACAUAAUUCAGAUGAAAUUAUAUAAAACGAAAUAUCUAGAUAGAAUGUAUUACUUAAUAUUAUUUCAAAAAAUAUUUUAGACAAAUUUCAAUUAGAAAAGAAUAUUUCUUGA